UAUAUAUAUCAAACUAUCAGUUACGUGGGCGGGCUGUGAAUCUGAAGCAGCUCUGACAACAUGGCAAAUGCUUCACCGUUCCGGAACCACAGUGUCCCAACAUCGCUACGGCAUACAUGGAUGUUGCUGGUACUUUUUACGUUCGUGCUAGUACCUCAGAGCGUUUCCGUGAACUCAGAGACCCAGGACUCGCCCGCAGCGCCUCCUCGCGUCGCCAUCAUCGGCGCUGGAGUGGGAGGGGCGUUUACCGCGAUGAGGCUGUCUGAGCAAACGCAGCUGGAGCAGAGCCCAGAGAUUGACGUGUUUGAAGCGGAAGCGGUGGAAGGCGGUCGGGUGCAGGAGUUUGCAUACAAAGGGGAGGCCCUGGAGCUGGGGGCCUCCAUGUUCUGGCAGCACAACCGCUACGUGAAGACGGCGGCCGAGUCGCUGGGGCUCACGCUCAAGGCACACCGCGGCGGCAGUAGCAGUAGCAGCAGUAGCGGCAGUAGCCAUGACCGCGCCGGCACUGUGGGGGAGCCGCUCAGUGAGAGCGCGAGCGCUGCAGGCUCAGUGGGGGAGGAUGAGGGAAGGGAAGGUGGUGGCGAUGGGGGGCAAGGGGGCGGUGGUUCGACAGGCGAGGCUGCGAUUCGCCGCCGGCAGAGCCCAGGCGCGGGAGGAGAAGGAGGUGGCCUUUCGCUGUGGGAUGGACAGCGGCUGGUCUUGAACAUGUCGGGCUCCUGGUGGGAGGUGGCGCGUGCGGCUGUGCGGUACGGCAGUGCGGCGCUGUCGUAUCGGUGGCGGGUGGCGGCCGCGUUCCGACGCUUCCAGCGGGUGUACGACCUGCAGGCCGCGGGAGUGAGCUGGCACACGCCGGGCGCCAUGCUGCAGCAGCUGGGGCUGUUCAACGAGACGCAGUGGAGCUCACGGGACUACAUGCAGGCGCACCUGCUGCGCCCCGCCGCCUGGUGGCUGUGGGGCGGGCGCGCGUUCAUCGAGGAGGCCGCCGCGGCGGUGGGCCGCUGCAACUACAACCAGCGCACAGACCAGCUCAACGCGCUGGCAGGCCUGGUGUCGUACGGCCCAGCUGCCUACGGCUCCGUGUGGGCCAUCCAGGGGGGGAACCGCCAGCUGGUGUCGGGGCUGCUGGCGGCGUCCGGUGCCAGGGUGCUGCGGCGCGGCCGCGUGCGGGUGGCGCGGCGGCACGCCGGCACCGGGCUGUGGUGGCUGGAGGUGGAGAGCGAGGGCGAGGGGCAGACCGCUGUGUAUGGGCCGUACCAAGCUGUGGUCCUGGCGGCGCCGCUGGUGGGCUCGGGUCUGGCCAUUGAAGAGUGGGCCGAAGCGGACGAGGCGGCGGCGGCGUUUGAUAGCGGCGGCGGAGCGGGAGGUGCAGCUGGCGCCGCCGCCGUCGAGUCCAGCAGCGGCGGCGGCCAUGAGCACGUUGGCGAUGUGAACCUGGUGUCUGCUGCCGUGGGCGAGGGCGAGGGCGAGGGCGAGGGCGCCAGCGCGCACGUGCGUGUCAUGACACGGCGACGCCUCCUGUUCUCCGACUCUGCCAGCAGCCACGACGCCGCUGCCGAGCAGAGCGCCGACAGUAGCACCGGCAGUGGCACCGGCAGUAGCACGAGCACGAGCAGGGCCCCUAGCGGCGACGGCGUUGACGGCACGGCGGCGGCGCUGCAGCGCCCCUACCAGGUCACCAUCACCACCUUUGUGGCGGCGGGCCGGCUGCGUGCCGCGUUCUUCAACGCCUCCGCGCUGCCGCCGGGGCUGUCGGCAGUGCUGGUGACGGACAGCGCGCAGGUGCCCUUCACGGCGGUGGCGGCGCGGCGGCUGGAGGGGCCGGAUGGUGGCGAGGAGGGCGAGGGCGAGCUGGUCUACAAGCUGUUCUCCUCCGAACCGCUGGCGCCGGAGCUGCUGGGCCAGCUGUUUGAGGAGGCUGGCCCGGGCCGGCCGCCCCGCGUGCUGGUCAGCAAGAGGUGGUACGCCUACCCCAGGUUCGCGCCGCCGGAGCGCUUCCCUCCAUUCCUGCUGGCGCCCGGCCUGGUGUACGGCAACGCGCUGGAGGGCGCCGCCAGCGCCAUGGAGAUGGCGGCGGUGGCGGCGGCCAACAGCGCCUUGCUGGUGGCGGCGCACCUGCAGGCGCUGGAGCAGCAGCAGCAGUAGCAGUAGCAGCUGGGGCUGGAGGACAGGAGGAGCAGCUGGGGCUGGCGGGCGGCAGGAGCAGCAGCAGCGGGAUCCUGGGGCAGGACUGCAGGAGCAGCAGUGCUGGGGCGGGAGUAGCGGCCUAUCUAGCGGGAGUGGCGGGAGCUGCAAAGCAGAAGUGCUGGGGCGGGAUAGGUGGGUAGCAGUCGCCGCUGAUGCAGUGUGGCCCAGAUGUCAUGGCGGUUGGGUUGUUCAGGCCCAUGGAAUGCGUAAUGCCGCUGUUUCAGGGGGGGGGGUUGCUGUUGACGUGUACGGCACAUGUGCUGGUGCAGCCAACUGGCUGGACUUUGGGGCAGUAAGGCGAAGCGCAAAGGC